GAGACGCCGAUAGACGCACGACGGAAAUUUUGGCGCACCGUUUGGCGCGUCGCCGCGACCCCGUCGACCGCGCCGAAGGUGGUGGCACCCGUUGCACCACAACGUUGGGUGCUUGUGGUGGUGCAGGACAAACGACGAGUGUCACGUUGACGUCGACGUCGUCCUCGAGGACGUCGUAAAUUUCUAUGUAAUAAUAAAUACCGGUAUUAAAAUUAAUCGAAUUUUCUAAAAAAAAAACAAAAAAACAAAACCGUCUCCGCAUCCUGUGAAAUUCAUAUUGCGAUUGAGUGUCGUUUGAGAUUCGUUGUUUGAAUAAAAAAAAAAUAAAAAAAAACGGAAAUCUCGUUGAAGAAAAAAAAAUUGAAAAAUGAGAAUCACAAAAUUUCAAAAGAGAAAGAAACAGAAAAAAUAUCGUUCGAACGUUAAACGCGUGGGGAUUACAUCGACAUAAAUAUUUUUCACAUCGAACGAAUUGAAUUGAAUAAAAAAAAAAAAAAUAGUGCAAAUGAUAAAACAAAACUUCUUAAUAAAAUACGCGGGGGUCUAGACUCGCCGUACGUUCGCGCGCGCUAUACACCGACCACAUCUUCCGAUCGAUUCUCGCGGGCUGACAAAUCGAGCGAGGAAAUUGUUCGGCGUGGUACCGGAGCCAGAAAGAGAUAGAAACAGCGGCGAGGAAGAGGAGAUUCCGCUGCGAGCGGGUUGGAAAUAAAAGUCGAGAAAAUAGGCGAAAGGAAGGUGAAAACGGAAAAGAAGGUUAAAGAGGGCGGGAGAGGAAGGGCGACGGGGGGGGUUGGUUCUUCGGCGGAAGACUGAAAGGGAUAGAAAGGGAGGAUAAUGACGUUAGAGUUUCCGAGAGCAACGGACCCGGUGAUUAAUCUGAAGAAAUAAAAGUUGAGCGGCGUCGCGGCGACGAUCCAACCCUAGCGAUCGCCGUCGCUGUCACUGGUCUCCGUACGCCGUCGCUCUCGAAUAAACCGUCCGACGUCAGACGUUAAUAAAUUGCGACUGCGACGCGGAGCGGAUUAUGGAUAAAUUAUUAAAACCAAUUCGUUACAAUUUUCGUUGUUCUUGUUGUUGAUGUUUUUCAAAGAAGAAGAAGAAGAAGAAGAAGAAGAUAUAUAUAUAUAUAUAAAUCGUGAGAAAACGUUUGAGCCGCGAGUGCUUCUCGAUUACAUGUAACUCUGGAAUGACUCGAAAGAAAAAGAAAUCGAGAGAAACGAUCCAGAGAACACGUUAAUUAUUCAACAAAUGAAUCGAAACCCCUCGAUCCGAGGAAGCUACCGAAGGAAAAUAUAAUAUCAUCCCGCAGCCAUGUCACGUGUCGAGCAGAGGGUUGUCAGAAAUGCAAUAUUCGCCGCCACCGUACUUUGGGUGUACGCUAUCGCUAGCGAAUUCCCGGAAAGGGAAUGCUGCGAUCCCGUAUAUCCCAUACCGGAACCCACCAGCAGAGCACCGUCUGCACCGACCCCGACGGGAAGAAGCGGUCCGAACAUCAAAACAGCGGUGGCCAUUUUGAAUUGCCUGUUCGCGAGGCAGUUGUGCUUCGAAGACCCUUCCUGCAGUGCAAUUUUGGAGAUCAUACCGAGAGUCUGUGGCCCGGAAUUGGUUGCCUGCUCGACCGUAACGGUGCCGAAGUGUCAAGCAGCUUUGAUUACACUCCAGGCGUUCCCGUUUUUCAAACCAACGUGCCUCUGCAGGGAACCGCACGUUGACCCCGAAUGCAACAGCUUUCGGGAUUUCCUAUUCGAUCAUCCCUGCGUCUAUGUGCUCAAAAAAGAUCCAUUUCCGGUAGAACCAUUACCAACUUGUAACCACGCUUUGAGUGUUUGUCAACGAAGUAAAGCUUGCAUAAAACUAUUCGAGGACUUCAAAACAAACUGCAAAGCCAGAGACGGUAAAUGCAGGAUGGAAAGCAGGGACGCCUGCCACGAUGCAUGGACGCAGCUGCGUCUAUCACCGAUGUUCGGCUGCAUCUGUCCGAACAAUCACAUGAAGCGACGUUGCGACAGAAUAUUUUCUAUGGUUAACCACAACCCGUGCGUCGAGUUUCUGCCCUCCGCGACCGUUGACUUAUCGGGGACCGACUCCGCGCUCUAUCCGUUCGACCCCCACCAGGAUAACUUUCAAGAGUUCUGGUUCCCCCCGACCAGUAUGUACCCAUAUUUUCUCUUCCCUGCGACCGCAACCACGCGAACGUUCAAUGAGAUCGAGGCACGUUACCGCUACCGGGAGUCGCAGCAGCCGCCGCCGCCGCCGCCGCCGCCGCUGCCCGGCGCGCCCGAACUCCCUGGGCGGCGUCACGGGACAUUGGGGCAUCACGACGCAACCGGUACGAUACUUGACCGCAACCGUCACCACCAUGAAAACCGUAACCACGACCACCGCCACGGUCUCGAUCUCGAACCGGACUACGAUCCCGCACCGCAUCCGCACCCGCAUCCGCAUCCCUCCCCCCGUUCCGAUACCGAAGCCGAUCCCGGACCGCCGCCGCCCCCCCCGCCCCCGAUCACCGACGACGAUACCAAUUCCGUCGACCUUAACGCCGUCGGGGGACGAACGCCGUUCUAUGAGCAUGACUACGCUUCGAGCACAGUGACCGUCACCGUCAACCGACAAAAGCACCUUUCCAAUGAGCAGCAUGAACAGAAUCGCGGUCACAGAGUCUAUCAGCACAAUAACAAUCGGCACGGCCUUGCACCCUCAUCGGCAAACUCCCCGUCCGCGGCGGACGAACGCCGCCAUUCCUCGUCCUCCUCGUCCUCGUCCUCUUCGUCCUUCUCGUUCUCCAACGAUUCCCACCCGCAGACACAAAACCGUCACAACAACGACCUUAACCAGCACCAGCACAACAAUCAUCGCAAUAGCCAAGCACCCCCACCGGCACCAGCACCAGCACCGGACCACCAACACCACCAGCACCAGCACAACCAGCACAACCAUCAUCAUCAUCAACAUCAUCAUCAUCGCGAUCACGAACGGCACAACCACGGAAAGAAAUUUGCACCUAGGCCUACUUACGAGCAUCGGAGCGUCGUCGACGAGAUGAUCGACCUCGACGACAACGAGCUUAAGCUCGGCGGGAGGCAGCCGAUCGACCGACUCUUCGGGCUCAGCGAGGCCUUCGAAGGGUUCGUCGACAAAGUGAAGGUCAUAUCACAUCCCGACAACUCGACGAGCUUCGAACUGAUCGAAUCGCAACUGGAGAAUCCACUGAUAGACGCCGAUCACCACGAUCUGGACGCCCUCAAACAGAUACCGUUACCCGGUGUCCACAGGCGGAAAAUUCAUCACGGAAAAAAUCACACGACCAACGACGACAACUCGGCGGGCAGAGGAGCGAUCCUGCCUUCUCCGGUUUCGGAAGCGGACGGUCAGAGGAUCGCGAUCCGGCCGGCGGCCACGCUGACCUUGACCAGCACUUGCCACCAGGCCUAUUCGUCCUGCCGGAACGAUCCGGACUGCAGAACGGUCAUGCAGCCGAUUUUAAACCACUGCGACCUGGGAAGCUGUGCAAGAAAUUCCUGUAUGGACGCUAUGCAGCAAUUUUAUAGAACGGCCGCCGAGCUUCACACAAUGGAGAUAGCUUUUUGUUUAUGCAGGAAAUCCGACGACAAAAGGGACGACUGCAUCGUUGCUCAAGAAAAAAUGCAUCCAGUUUGCGCGCAGAGGGUCGAAGGUGUCGAGAUGCCGACCUGCCACAGUCUCGCCGAAGUAUGCAGGGAGGACAGAGCCUGCAGGGCGAGACUCGAGUACUACGAACAGAGUUGCGCCGUCGACAGUGUGACGAAAAAGUGCGCCGGUGCGCCUAGCGAGUGCCGACGCGCGAUGAUCGGUAUACUGGGCACGGAAUUGCGCUCGAAUUGCGCGUGCAAAGGAACCGACCUGGCCCAGCUCUACGACUGUCUCGGAUGGCAGAGACUCCUCUGGGUUAAUCCGUGCGUGGUGGAAUCGCAGAAGGACUUUCACGCGCGUAGGAAACAGCAACACAAGCAGCGAACAACAACCGUCGUCGCUCCGUCGACCGGAGUCGAAGAGAACGACGCGGACGAUCUAAUGGAACCGGAGGGCGUCGAACCGAUUCCCGAACCAACGCAAAAAACGAUCGUCGAUGUGACGGAAUCGCUGGAAACGACGACGAUCGUUACUACCGUGCCGACCACCACGAGCACGACGACCACUUCGAGCACGAUUCCGCCACGUUUCUGCGUGGUGCAGAGACCGAGGCAAUCGCAUCAGUACAUAAGGGAAGGAAGGGGAAAGAGGCUUUACAGAGACGACGAACCCGAGUGCUCGGAGUUGUGCCAGUGCGGCGAGGGCGAGGUACUGGUCUGCAACACGAUAUGCGUCGAAUCAUCCCCUUGCAAAACGGACUUCGCGUUUUACAACCACGCUGCACCGGCCUAUCAGGCUUACAGGGGUCGGUGUCUUUGCUACAGCGGGCGGUUCAUUUGUAUGAGACCCUUUCCAGAUGCGUACAGCAUACCCCACGGAGUCUUCAUGUUCCUCGGGUACAGCGAAGCCGAUGAAAACCUCCUGAGACCGCACAGCAAUCUCACGGUUCUGGACGCGGUUUCUUCGCUGGACAGUUUCAUGCGACAGGAAGUCGACAAUCAGACGGUGUGCACGCUGCUUCUUUACAACGUGACGAAAGAGAACGUGAUCGCGGUCGCGAAGCUCAGAUCGGAAACAACCGGCCCCGCCAACGCGAGCGGCAACGUACGUCAGACGCAAAAUCAAGUCGAAAGUCAGGCGCAAACGUUGCAGCAACUGAUGCGGAUAAAGGACGAAUGCGCGGAAAUGCUCCGCGACUUGAGCAACAAGAUAAACAACAAACACCACGAAGUUCACACGCAUCCGCUUCUCUCGAUUUUCAAAAUGGCGGAGGUAGAAGUCAGACUUCCGCUGGCUAGCGGGUCCAACUCGUCCCGUGUAACGAAGGAUCCGUUCAACGGGAUCGCUUUGGCGUUGCUUCUGAUCGCCGCAAGUUUCUUCGUCACGAGUAGAAGUAACCGCGCCACCGUUCUCUCCACGCCGAGAACAACGAUUAACAAAACCGCGCGCUGUUGUUCGUGACAGAGUAGAUUAUUCCGCGAUACGAUCGAAAGGAAAAUAACGCUGUACGAGCAACACGGAACCACCACGUAGCGGGUGUGGAUAAAGUUGCGGGCGUUGGGGAGCCGAGUAAUGGAGAAUAAUGAUUCGCUUGAUCCUCCAGUUGUAUACGAAAAGUUUUAAUUGUUUUCUAUCGCGAUAUAACUCGGGAAUCGAGUUGAACGAAAAAUUGGCUAAAGAGAUAAGGGAUGACGUUUCGCGAACGUCGCAUAUCAUUGAAUGGGUGACGGAGAAAAAAAAGAAAACAAACAAACAAACAAACAAAUUCAUAGAAAUUACACAAAGAGUGACCACUUUGUCAUCGAAAACCGAACAAAGAGGACACCCCUCGCGUUUCUACGUUAUUAUAAAUAUAAAAUUAGUCUAUUUCAAUUGAAUUCGAUCUAUGAGCGCCGGAGAAGGCCUAUAGUUUAUAAAUAAACGUUCCAGUUGAAUUAAAAAGAGAAAAACAAAAAAAAAAAAACAAAAAAAAAACAUAUAAAUAUAUACUUUAUAAUGAUAAGUAUAUUCUAAAUGGCGGUGCUGCUGCGCAGAAGUAAUUUUGGUCGAAUAAAAUUCGACGAUAAUUAUCGAUCGCUCCGUAAGGAAAAAAUUUUCACUUACGUAGGUAAUUCUCAUUAUAGUGAUCAACGUCUUCGAGCUGUUUCGUCUGAACGUGGAGCGAACAAAAAAAAAUAAGAAAAAAAAAUAAGAAAUAAUCAUAAAACAAAAACGUUAGGAUAAACACAUACGUGAAAUAAAUUUACGUACGCGUGCAGAAUUAAAUGUAUAAUAAAUUUAGGUGAAAUACAAAAAUGUACAGCUUGUGGUAAAAAGAAAAAAAAAAAAAAAACAGUGGAGUAUGAGAAAGCGGUUUUGUAUAAAUGGGCAUUUCGAAUCGAUUCGACCUGGUCGGAGAUCCUAGACGACAUUUUUCAAUUGGGUUUACAAACCAUUUCGUACGAACGUAUCGGAAAAAAAAAACGAUUUCACUAUUGUACAAAACGAAAAUCAAUGAAUCGAGAGGUUUUAUCGUUGGUCGAGUGCCACUUAAAAAUUGAAUCGAACCGACGUGGAAUGUGCGAUACGGAGACACGCGUCUGUCAACGUAAACCGAAAAUUGAGUCGCUCGUCGUGAUUCCGGUAAAGUCACUCUUAUCCUCUGUACUUAUCCGAUGAAUAACGAAAUAAGUCCUCGCUCAUGCCUACGAUUAUCGCGUGAUGUAUAUUCAUUCGUACACGAACGCAUAAUAUGCCAUUCAUAAUUGAUGAAAUCCGCGAAAUAUUGUAGUUCGACGAUGAAAGGAAAACGAUAAUUCAAUCGGAAGGCAACGAAUUGAAAUUUGCAAAUGGAAAAAAAUUCAAUGACCUAACCUAUAUCUACUUUCAGCGGGUCAUUCAUUCGCGUAUCUCGAGUCGACCGCGCGUUUGUGGCAAAAACUUUAUUGGAUUCGUUUAUUUUUUUACGUUUACUAUACAGCGUAAUAAACUUACGUACUACUGAUAUACGCCCCGAAUGAAUACAUACAUCGAAUGAAUGGACAAGCCGCAAGUUUUCCGGACGAGAACGCGGCAAAUGAGCUGAAUAGGUCGGCGGGAGUUAGAAGUGCAUCUCGAUCGGCGCUCCAUUCAAUGUUUCUCUCGACCACAUUUCGCCUUUUUACAUAAUUAUAGCUCAAAAAAUAUGGGUGAAUGAUUCUCGAAAAUUUUCAGUUUCUUCGCCUUUCCCUCAUUCCCCGUUACCUUUCCCUCGCCCCGAACCGCGAAUUCAGGAAAUCCGCGAUAACUAUUUACAUAUCGUAGUUAUUCGAAAAUCGGAUGAUACAAUUCAACGGAACCGUUCGGAACCGAUAGAAAUUACCCUCUGUCAUUCGCUAACAUUUUCACGGAAUGUAGGAUGACGUCAGUUUCGCGGUGGUUCGUGUCUUCGCUAAAUGUCGAUAAUGUAGACUGAACUUACCGACUGUAGGUGUUGUAGAAAAUUAACAGUAUUUCAAGUUUUUUCAAGUUUUCCCGUGUUAAGAACGUCAAAAUUCACAUCCAAAUGACUGUAACGGAGUUCUCGACUGAACUAUGCUCUUUUGUUUAAUUAUCGACACUUUCGCAAAGCCCACUUUUAUAAUGACUAAUAAUUGCCUCCCUAUCUUCGUGAACAGUAGUGAGCAAACAAAACUAAAAGAAUAAAUUUUUACAAGGAUUUCUGAAUUCGCUGAUUGAAGUUAUCAAUUCAUGAGAAAAAUUUACCAGGUCGCUGAACGUGCGUCGCACAACCUUCACCCGAAGUUUUUAUUACAAUUUUUCAAUGUUCAUCUAAAAUUUCACUCAUAUAGUUAGAAAAUAUUUCAUCGAAACGGUGCUGGCGCCAUUUUAUCAGUAAAAAUAGUUAGAAUAAAAGAAAGACCAUCGUUUUUACUCUGUUGUUUUUAAUAAUCAAAUCUUUACGCAUAUACUUAUUACGUGUGAUCGUUGCUCCUGACCUAGAUAUAAAAAAUUACAACGACGAUUGAAACAAUAACCAGAUAGGGCAUCAAAAAUCUGAAUAAAUAUCCGAACGAAACAAUUUCAAAGUAGGAUCAAGAGCGAGGAUCAAGAGCCCGACGCUCAAAGUACCUCUUGAAUAAAUGAAACCCCUGAAUCGCAGCAUAUUUCUAUGACUCACAGUUUUGAUUUUGAACGCUAUCUCUUGCAUGUACACGAUAUUCAUUAUUCGCGUUUUCUGCUUCUCUUCCGCAAGCUCUUUAGAAAAAUAAAGCAGGUUUUAUCAUUUUGUUCCGUAUCCAGUCCGCACGCUCCCCCUUGUAUCAAAGGUGCGCCGUAUUAUUCCGACCUGCUCAUAGUAUAUCCUCAACUUAAUCCCCUAACUUACCCUAAUCCCAAAUCCCUAUUCGGAAAUCCCUCUCUUUCGUAUUCCCGAAAAAAAUAAGAGAAGAAAAAAAACAAAUUAUAUGAAAAAACUCAACAAAGCGUUAGACAAUGUAGACCAAAACAAUAACUAACAUAGAAUUCUAUAUAAUGUAAUAAUAUUAUUAUCGAUGAAAAAGAUGAAUGAAAAUUAAUAAUAAUAGCCGAUAUGCAUAAAGAAAUAUAGAGACAUGUGUAUAUAUAAAUAUACUGCAUAAUAUUAAUUGCGUAGAAAUGAUGAUGAUAAUAAUGAAUUUUAAAUUCUCAUAAAUUUGCAAUUACAUAAAUUAUGUAAGGAACAACGUUUGAUAUUAGCACGUCAUUAAAAGUCAAAUAAUAUCUCAAAAGAAUAUGAAUAAGUAGUAUAUUUUAACCUGAGGCUAAAAUUUCCGUUCUAAUUUUCGCAAGAAAAUUUCCAUCCAACUGAAUUUACUUGCGACUCUUUUAAUUUGACUCUUGAUGACUGAAGUUAUUAAAUAACAAUUUGAAAA